UCCAUCUACUCUGCAACUAGCGACGUUAGUUUGGGGAAUCGCUGCAACUAUCGUUUAAAUUAACAUCACCAGAUCUUCUUCUUACAACCUCUUUAGCAGUCAAGACGGACUCUUGUUUAUAUAGCAGUUACAUAUUCUCUAAAAUUAAUUGAUUUCUUCCCCACUUCAAUCCGCAGUUCAUGGAAUUCAAACUUGAAAACCUUGUGGAGAAUCAUGGUGUCGCGGGUGAAACUGCUUGUUGUUGUUUCAAGUCUGAUCAAUCUUGGAUUUUCUGGAGCACCAACAGCACCACCCAAGAAAGCUACAGUUAAAAACAAUUCAGGUGUAACCCCAGCGGGGCUGUGCGGUACCUGGGUCAAAGAACCUGAUGGAGGGCUUUUCACGUCUCCUAACUAUCCUGAGAAAUAUCCUCCUGACCGAGAAUGCAUAUACAUAAUUGAAGCUUCUCCGAGGCAAUGCAUCGACCUGUAUUUUGAUGAAAAGUAUGCUGUUGAGCCCUCGUGGGAGUGCAAGUUUGACCACAUUGAAGUUAGGGAUGGCCCCUUCAGCUUUUCUUCUAUCAUUGGCCGGUACUGUGGACAAAAGAGCCCGAACUAUGUGAGGUCAAGUGGACGAUACCUUUGGAUAAAAUUUGUAGCAGAUGGUGAAUUAGAGGCCACUGGAUUUUCAGCUCGGUACAAUUUCACCCAAGAUCCUGAAUUCAAAGACCUCAAAGCUCCACCACCUCUUCCAAUUUGUGAGUUUGAUAUGAGCGGGCCAGAGGGAUAUGUGGAGUCUGUAAUGGUUGCGAAGGAGGAAAAGGCGCUGCAGUCAGAGGCUGUAGACUGCUGGUGGUACAUAAGGGCUCCGCCUGGCUUUAAGAUCUACUUGCGUUUCCUGGAUUAUGAGAUGCAGAACUCAAAUGAGUGCAAGCGGAACUUUGUGGCAGUGUAUGAUGGGAGCAGCUCGGUGGAGCACCUGAAGAAUAAAUUCUGCAGCACAGUGGCCAACGACGUGAUGCUGGUGACUUCAUUAGGUGUGAUUCGCAUGUGGGCUGAUGAGACCAGUCGAAGGAGCCGAUUCCGCAUCCUCUUCACCACCUUCCAAGAGCCUCCAUGUUUAGGAGACACGUUCUUCUGUCAUAGCAACAUGUGCAUCAACCACACACUGGUGUGCAAUGGAAUUCAAAACUGUGUCUAUCCCUGGGAUGAGAAUGGUUGUAAAGAAAAAAGAAAAACAACUAUCCUGGACAACCUUGACAAUACCAAUGUGACCAUUAUUGGAGUGACCUGUGGAUUGGUGAUUAUCCUGCUCACUGUGUCAAUAAUUAUUCAGAUAAAACAGCCCCGCAAGAAGUACAUUAUUCGCAGGGACGAAUUUGACCCCACCUUGCUGCAUGAGGCCUUUGAACCCCCACACUAUGAGCUGUGCACAAUAAGGCAAGUGGCCUCAACUGAUGAGGUUUUACCAGAGGACUUCCCCAGACUGCAACGUACCUCUUCCAAAUGUGUCCAUGGUCACCACUGUGGCUCUCAGGUGUCCAGCACUCGAGGGAGUCACAGCGAUCUCAGCAUGCGUGAAGCGGCAGACAUUCUCCCAGAAAUGCAGGUGGCUGCACAACCCCCGUUCCCCCGGCAAUUUACACCCACUGGCCGCAGGAAUAUUCUAGUGAUGAAGCACAGCUACUCACAUGAUGGGUCUGAAGAGUGCAAUCUGGAUGAUGAACUAGAUUAUGGACCCACUACCAGUCAUGGGAGAGCAGCAUUGGAGAGAACUGUGCAUCGGUCAGUAUCUAAUGACUUUUGAUGGUUUUCCAUGCAUGUGAGACUCACAUAUCAGCCCAGCUUUUGGAUAGAUUGUUUCUUUAUUGUUUAAAGUCUCUGUUUUAUUUGUGGUAGUCAUGCACCUUGUUUAGUCACUCCAUACAUAUGUUGACUGUUUUGCAUGUAUGGUUACAAAUCUAUAAAGGAAUAUCAAUAAAAAUGGAUGUACAUACUACAUACAGUAUAUGAAUAUGUGAACCAUUACACUGUAUUACUGUCUGUUUUCCUGUUUUGCAUAUAAUUGCUCACUUACUUUUAUGCACUUUUACGCAUUUAUUUGGAUUUUAAUUCCCUCCUAAUAUUGUAAAAGGAUAUUAGGAUAAAAAGAUAAAGGCUAUUGGGAUUGCAUAUGAUUAAUGUAAAUACACAUUUUAUAUUCAUCCUGAUUUGGAUGAAUGUCAUUUUAUUUAAACAUGACAUUCAAAUGGAAUGUAAUGUCAUUGCUGCUGUUUAUUCUCACUAUUGUACUUUUUUUUUAAUGUGGAACUAGCUUCUCUCUUCUUUGUGCUGUGUGGUUUAAUUGUGUUUAUGUGAUUAUUUAUUUGUAUUGUCAUUGCUUUAAUGCCUAUGUGAGAACAUUUGUGCUACUUUUAUACUUUAUUGCCCUUCAUGCCAUUGUUUAUCAUAUCACAUUAUAUACACAUUAUAUAUCAAAGUAUAAUACACACAAGUACAGUUGAUAUGCUGUCUCAUUUUCUUUCUUUGGGUCACUGCGUUUCAUUAACAUAGCAUCUUUUGCUGUAGUGUCCGUACUCUUAGAAAAUAAAGCACUUUUUGGCCUACAUCAUCAAAAUCCAAGCAAAACAGCUCUUCCUCCCUUUAUCAAAAGACUUAAAGUAAUAUUCCUGGUUCAAUACAAGUUAAGCUCAAUCGACAGCAUUUGUGGCAUAAUAUUGAUUUUGCAAAGAAAAAAUUCAAAAAUCUGCCAGUGUGGUACAAGGAAAGAGAAUGGGGCCACUCCGUAAACAUUAAAAUACUCACUGUUUCAAAAGUAU